AUGGGAAUAAAGCACUCCUCCCGCUGCUUGCUCCUUAGGAGAAAGAUGGCGGAGGCAGAAAAUAUAGAGGUUUGUGGCGGUCCCUCCCCGCCCGUCCAGCCAGUGGUAAUUCCGAAGCCAAUACAAUCAGUGCAACAUGUUAUACACACUCCUAUACAACCAAGUUGCCCGGGUAGGGGCAAAAUGGCAAAACUGUUAAAUCCAGAGGAGAUGACAUCGAGAGAUUACUACUUUGACUCUUACGCACAUUUUGGAAUUCAUGAGGAAAUGUUGAAGGAUGAAGUCCGCACGUUAACAUACAGAAACGCCAUGUAUCACAAUAAACACGUCUUUAAGGAUAAAGUGGUCUUGGAUGUUGGCAGCGGCACCGGAAUCCUCUCUAUGUUUGCCGCAAAGGCAGGCGCACGGAAAGUAUAUGGGAUCGAAUGCUCCAGUGUUUCAGAUUACUCUGAAAAAAUUAUCAAGGCCAAUCACCUGGACAACAUCAUUACAAUAUUCAGGGGCAAAGUAGAAGAAGUGGAGUUACCGGUGGAGAAGGUGGACAUCAUUAUUACUGAAUGGAUGGGCUAUUGUCUGUUCUACGAAUCCAUGCUUAACACAGUCAUCUUUGCCCGUGACAAAUGGCUGAAACCAGGAGGCCUCAUGUUCCCCGACCGGGCGGCUUUGUAUAUUGUUGCGAUCGAAGACAGACAAUACAAGGACUUCAAGAUCCAUUGGUGGGAAAACGUGUACGGCUUUGACAUGACGUGUAUCAGGGAUGUUGCCAUAAAGGAACCCCUGGUGGACAUUGUGGACCCAAAGCAAGUGGUGACCAAUACCUGUUUAAUAAAGGAAGUCGAUAUAUACACCGUAAAGAAGGAGGAUUUAGAAUUUACCUCUGCGUUUUGCCUCCAAGUUCAGCGUAAUGACUACAUUCACGCUUUGGUUACAUAUUUCAACAUUGAGUUCACCAAAUGCCAUAAGAAGACGGCAUUUUCUACAGCUCCCGAUGCUCCGUACACCCAUUGGAAACAAACCGUCUUCUAUCUGGAGGAUUACUUAACCGUACGCAGAGGAGAAGAACUUUUUGGAACGAUUUCUAUGAAACCAAAUGCCAACAACAUAAGAGAUCUGGACUUCACAGUAGAAUUGGAUUUCAAAGGGCAGCUUUGUGAAGCAUCGAUGUCUCACGACUACAAGAUGCGCUAGGAAGACCGCGCAGAAUGCCUCAUUAGCGAUACCUGCCAUACUUGAAGACGGCCGACAGUUCAAUGUAGACCUGGCACUGCAAAUGAGCCGUUCACAAAAGAUGGUAAUUUUAGCAGCGCCAAAAGUUAGUCUGAAACGUUCGCGUUGAUGAAAAAAAAAUAAGCAAAGAUUUUGACCUAACCGGAUAAAAUUAGAUGAAAAAGUAUGGUAUGUAAGCUUACCCUCUGUGAUCUGCAAAAUGCUGAAUGUAAAAAUAUCUGUGUGUGAAAAAGCAAUAAAAUGGUAUAUUGUACAAAACAA